UCGAGCUUUGAUCCCCUCCCGUUUCCUUUUUUCCCUUCUUAUUCUACUGGCCUUCCUUUCAACUCGAAAUGCAAGUCUUUCUGUUCUGCGACAGAUGUCGUAAUGUCAUGAUACCUCAUGAAGAGCGAGAUGACCUUCAGUUGUAUUACGUGUGCCGUUACUGUCAAUAUCAACAAAAAGUGCCGAGCGGCUGCAUUUACCAUCAUGACAUUAUAAAGCCAUCGACUGACUUGACUGUGCCACUCUUGGAUUGGCACCAUGACCUUACUUUGCCACGACGAACGAUUGCUUGUCCGCGAUGUGGUUUCACGACCGCUUUCUGCUUUGAAGCAGCCACGAUAGGUCUCAAAUCGAAAACAAUGAAAGCCUGCCACCAAUGCGCCAAUGGAGCCUGCAACUUUCGUUGGUAGAAAUCAAUGCACACCGAGAAAAAACUCCACCCACUAUCAAACUUUAAACGGAAAAAAUGCCGAAAGAAAAAAAUCCCAGCUUUUUCUAUAUGUAUGACGUUGCCCAGAAAUUUGGCUGAGAAAUCGGCAACCAGCAAAAAUCGGAAGGGUAUUAUAGUUUAGUCUCUUUUUUUUUCGUUCCUAUCC